AUGGCACCCGAAUAUGCAAUGGAAGGAAGAUUCUCUGAGAAAUCUGAUGUUUUCAGCUUUGGAGUUCUCGUCUUAGAGAUCAUAAGUGGUCGAAAAAGUACAAGUUCUUGGAAUGAGACAUCCUCUUUGAGCCUUUUGGGAUAUGCAUGGAAGUUAUGGAAAGAACCAGAUUUAUCAAAUUUUAUCGAUCCGUUUAUAUUGAAAACGAGCUCGGAAAUAGAGAUCAGAAAAUGCAUACAGAUUGGUUUACUAUGUGUUCAAGAAUUUGCUGAUGACAGGCCAAAUAUUUCAUCUGUUCUUGUUAUACUAUUAAACUACAACUCUUCCAGCACCAUCACAACCUGCUUUUACUGA